AAAAUGUACAAUUGUUUCUAUAAAUAAGGAAGAAAGAUAGAAGGGCGAAGGAAGAAGAGCUCUUAAUUUCUCUUUUCUGUUCUUUAUCUCUGCCAUGGGUUCAGUGGUAAUGCCGCAAGGCAUGGAAGGUGUUGUAGAAGAACGUGAAGUUCAGAAAAGCUAUUGGAUUGAACAUUCUUCAGAUUUGUCCAUGGAGUCAAUGAUGCUCGAUUCCAACGCCUCCAAUCUCGACAAGGAAGAGAGACCAGAAGUACUCUCCCUUCUACCUGCAAUUGAAAGUAAAUCAGUUAUAGAGCUUGGAGCAGGUAUUGGAAGAUUUACAGGUGAAUUGGCUAAGAAAUCUGGCCAACUGCUUGCUGUGGACUUCAUUGAGAGUGCAAUAAAGAAGAAUGAAAGCAUUAAUGGACACCACAAGAAUGUCAAGUUCAUGUGUGCUGAUGUCACAUCUCCAAACUUGCAUGUUUCUGAAGGAUCCGUUGAUCUCAUAUUCUCGAACUGGUUACUUAUGUAUCUUUCAGAUCAAGAGGUUGAGAAUUUAGCUGAAAGGAUGAUCAAAUGGUUAAAUGUUGGUGGAUAUAUAUUCUUCAGAGAAUCUUGUUUCCACCAAUCUGGAGAUUCAAAGAGAAAAUACAACCCAACACACUACAGGGAACCCAGAUUUUACACUAAGGUAUUCAAAGAGUUCCAUAUGAGUGAUAAUAAGGGGAGUUCCUUUGAACUUUCUCUUGUUGGCUGUAAAUGCAUUGGAGCUUAUGUCAGAAAUAAGAAGAAUCAAAACCAGAUUUGCUGGAUAUGGCAAAAGGUUAGAUCACAAGAUGAUAGGGGGUUCCAGAGGUUCUUAGAUAGUGUUGAGUAUAAUCAUAAGGAUAUUUUACUUUAUGAGAGAGUUUUUGGCCAAGGCUUUGUGAGCACUGGAGGACUUGAAACAACAAGGGAGUUUGUGGCAAAAUUGGGACUAAAGCCUGGUCAGAAAGUGCUGGAUGUUGGUUGUGGUAUUGGAGGUGGUGACUUUUACAUGGCAGAAAAUUUUGAUGUUGAGGUUGUUGCCAUUGACUUCUCCAUAAACAUGAUUUCCAUGGCUAUUGAACGAGCCAUUGGACUCAAAUGCACUGUGGAAUUUGAGUGUGCUGAUUGCACUAGUAAAACAUAUCCUGAGAACACAUUUGAUGUGAUCUACACUCGUGACACCUUGUUUCACAUCAAAGAUAAACCAGCACUUUUCAGAUCAUUUUACAAAUGGUUGAAGAUUGGAGGUACGCUUUUGAUUACGGAUUACUGCAAAAGUGGUGGAGAUCUAUCAUUAGAAUAUGCUGAGUACAUAAGAAAAAGAGGAUAUUAUAUCCAUGACAUGAAAGCAUAUUGUCAGAUGCUUGAGAAUGCUGGAUUUGAUGAUGUGAUUGCAGAGGAUCAAACAAAUUUGUUCAUGAAAACUUUGCAACAGGAGUUACUUGGCAUUGAGAACAAGAAGGAAGAUUUCAUUGAUGACUUCUCUGAGGAAGACUACACUGAAAUUAUUGAAAGAUGGAGGGCUAAGCAGAUGAGGGGUGCAGCUGGUGAGCAGAUAUGGGGAUUGUUCAUUGCCAAGAAAAAAUAAUGCUUCAUUCUAUAAUGAUGUCUUGUAAUGACUAUCUUUAGUUCAGUGUGAACAGUUUUCUAAAUAAUGGUUUAGAUAAGUAUUCUUGUUAUAAAGUAUUUGUGUGUUGUAGCAGAAGAUGAAGGAAACAUUCUAUGCAUCCUCUUGUAUUUGAAUGUGAUGCUGACUAAUUAAUAUGGCUUCUGUUCAAAAUGUUUUUGGUUGGUUUGACACGUUUCCACCUUUGAAAGUAGUUAUUAAUUAGUGCAGUGUAUGGAAA